AUGCGUUCGCUCCACAUUCUCUUCCUAAUUUCUCCUCUCAGCCACGUUGCCGCCCAAGAUUGCGACCCUAGCGACCCCUUUGGCGCCAACUGCGAUGACUCUGGCCCCGCAAUCGCCAUCGAUGGUGAACAAAACCUCUGCAACUUCAUCCUCACCGCCUGCCCCGGCGGCUUCCCAGCGGCAACCGAUUGCGUAACCAAUUGGUGUAAAACAGGUUGCGCAGACCCCAACAACUGCUGUGCUUCGUCGAACCCCUCAUCGUGCUUUCAAUCAUCAUCCGCCACGCCCAGCAGCUCCGAACCCAGCUCUGGCUCCGACUCGGGCUCCGACUCGGACUCUGAAGCUCAGGACCCUGGCGUCGCAGAAUGUACCUCCAUUGCCGAUUUUGUCAACUAUUGUCAGUCAGCCACACCGGGAUUCACGACACUUCCAAACACGGCUCAAGCGAGCUGCUUCUGCUUCAACGAGAAUGGGAGCUACAAUGGGACUGCGUGGGAUGAUGCAGCAACGACAUGCUAUGCUGCCAUGGCGAGCCAGACGGGUUAUCCAACUAGUGAACUCAGUGCCUAUUCGGCGACGGUGGUGGGAGCGUGCACGAAGCUUGUGGAUGCAGGAGUAUUGAGCAGUGCAGGAGUGAGCAGUGCAGGAGCGGCUGCAACGGCUGCGCCUGCUGCGAGUGGCUCACCGAGUGGUUCAAGCACGGCGGCCAAGACGAGCAGCGCCUCGUCGGGAGCGAAUACGGGAACGACUUCUCCGACGGCGACUGCAUCGAGUGCGAAGAGUGGUGCCAACAAGGGGUCGCAAGGCCGCGGAACCCUCUUUGGUGCAAUCUUGGCUGUAUCCUGCAUAUUUGCGUCUUUAUAG